CCAAUUUUCCCUAAUAGGCUCUGCCUAAAGGAAGCCACACCCUUCAUUCAUACAACAAUGAAUCUUCUUCAUCCCGGAAUACAGUACUCCAUGGCCAUUGAGGUCCAAAUUCAUUCACUCUAACUUAAAGAGUAGUUUUUUAUCUCCAAAGUUGAGGAGAUAGGAAAGACCAUAUGGUCUUUGUUAUAAUAUUAUGUCUGGAUUUGUGCCAAGUGUAAUUACAAGGACCCACAUUGGGAUUAACACUAUCUGGUGUGACAUAUAUACCGGUAAUGAGAAUAUCCCUUAUAUAAGUGUUUUUAAAUCUAGAAUAAUGUGGAACACCUCCACAGAUUUGGUGAAACUUAACUGGAAACCUACAAUGAGAUGCAAUGGUAUAGGAGCUGAUAGAUGUACAUGGUAAAUUGUAUUGGGGUGUUAUAAGUAUUACCAUGACUUUUUUUCUGUCCGAGACUGAUACACUCCGACAUUAAAUAUAUAAAUGUAAGGAUAACAAUUAUGAUCCUCAAAUAGUAAUGAUUGCUUUAUAACAUUUCUUUAAAUUCAAUUUCAUAUAUUAUAAUAAAGUUAUCAGGUAGUAUACUAUGUCCUUUACAAAGUAAGAACAUUGAUAAAAUUUCAAUUUGUCAAACAAAAAAACUUGAAGAACCUCUUGCAUUAUAACUCUCUUAUAAACUUUGAAUUAUCAUCACAUAGUGCAGUGUCAAAUUUCAAAAGAUGCUUUUUUCUUAAAAAUUGUAGUGUUUACAAAUGGUCAUCAAGAUAUCCACCCUUCUACUAAAAUAUUCCAAGUACCACACAAUUGAAUUCAUAUUUGAAAUUUGACAUUUACAUUUAAGUACAAGCCCUAACAGCCUUUAAUAAUGAUGAUAAUUAUGUCUGUAUGAGUAUAGGAUAUAGUUACAACUAUUUAUCAGCAAGGACACAAUACCAGUGUCCUUAUCACCGUAAUCUUAGGACUAAAUACUGCAUCAUUAGCUGUGCUAUCUCAAUGCCGGAGCUGGGGUUCACACUGGCACACUUAACUAAGCAUAGUUUAUCCAUGUGGGAUUGGAUUCUGCCAAAAUCUAGUGACAAAACGCUGUAUCAAUUAAAAGAUUAUUGACUUUUAGAUAAUCUAUUUCAUCACAAACCUGGCAUUAAAUAUACAGAAAUAUUUACUUAAGAUUUUCUAAAAUGUUUAUACUAUUUUGUACAUGUAACUGCUUUGAUCUCGUCACUUAAUACAAAUCAUCAACCUAUCAAGACCUGGAUGUUAUGUUUACAAUCAACAGGCAUUUCCCCUAACUUUGUCAACAUUUCUAUCGUACAUCUUUUGGUAAUUAAUUAUAUGCAGUGCGGGAUGGGUUUAGAUGAUAAUUUGGUUAUGAAAAGAAAACCAAUAUGCAAACUAAGCAGAUUUACAUGGUGUGUAUACUGGUUUUUGGUUUCAUAACUGGUAGAUUAUCCAACAGGUUCUAAUGGAUACUUUAGUAAUUUACUUAAGCAUAGGUAGCACGAGAUGAAAAUGAAACACAAAUUUAACUUUAUCCUGAAAAUUUCUUUAGACAAUCAUGAUUUGUAUAAUAUUACAAAAACAAAAAUCGGUACUUGUGAAAAUUAAGCGAUUGAAAGCAUUUCAGAGGAUAUCAAUAAGGAUUUUUUUCCCCCCGAGGCAGCGGACAAGUUAACAUAGCCUCGGGAAACUAUCCCCGGUAUGGAGUUUGAUACCAGAAAAAGAAUGCAAUGACCUUUAUGUACAGGGAAUGUAACUAUAACGAUAUUAGUAUAUUGAACCCACUUAUACAGCUUCAUGCAACCUAGCUUAUAUGUAUAUACUCCAUACAUCAAACUCAUGUUCAAUCCUCUGUUCCAAUUCAAUAUACUCUGGUAUUGACAAUCGUUAGUAAUGACAAUCCAUUUGUUAUAUUUCUCAUUUUUUUUUUUUGAGAGACAAAUUGUAAAGCAGUUUUGAUAUGAGUUUGAAACUUAUGAAGACUACCCCCAAUGGUACGAAGGCUUGGUUAAAGAGUACAGUCUAACUUGACAAGGGAUAGGCCGUGUUAUGAUAGCAAAGACAUCUAAAAUGACGUAAAGUAAGAACAUUGACUCCUGACCCCAGAGCUGUGUUAUAAUCACUAUACACAAGUGGAUGAAUCAUUUUCACAAGAGAACGAUGGACAGGAUUUCCUUCUAUGUGUAACGCAACUUCCCCUCAUCACACUCCGGACCAGUCCACAACACAUUAUGUACAACCAAUGUGAUGAGGGAGGGGCAAUCACAGCCAUGACCUGACCUCUACUCCGUUCAAGGAUUUUUGUUUCAUGCAGAAUGCCAGGGAAAUGGCUUUGUCAGUUUGUAACAGGAAGGAGGAUGUGUGCUUCCUCAUGUUAAAGAAUUAAGGAAAGAGCGUUUGAGGAAUUAAGAUAACAACGGAUACCAACAUGUGCCUAGAAUGUUAAAAGUUAAUGACUGGAGUUAAAAAUGGAGAAAAAAAUGUGAAAAUUUAACAAUUACAAAUUUGUAAUACAACACAAAUUUAAUGGUAAACUCUGUACUUGACUGAAUGACAACAUUUAAGGUUAACAGAUCACAAUCAGCUGACAAUUGUUUUUAGAUUUGACUCCACAGACAAUUGCAGUAACAGUUGUCAGCUCUGAAGAAGCUGUUGUAAAGAUGGAAAUAUCAGUUAUCGAGUUAAAAGUAACAAUGAACAAGGAUUACUGAGACAUCAAAUUGGACUAACAUUUGCCAAGUUCGUAGUUUGAUCAGUAGUUAAUUUUGCCAGCUGUCAAGUCGGACUAAAGUGAAACCUUACAGGAUGGAUUAAAUACAGGUGGAUGUGUGUUUAGAAAUGGAGUUAUUGUUUAGGUUGGAUCACCCGUCCCCGGCUAAGCAGGCUGUGUGCACCUCCUUCCUACUGUUUUACUGUGCUGUUUCCAGUAACGUCCUACCAGUUGACAGUGUGCCGAAGGAAGUUGGUGGGUACUGUAUACCAUACGCCCAGCGAGAGUGUCGUGAUCUGUCCGACCCCUUGUACGAGGGUAUCUUCAAACCUACUGCCACAACAGAUGUAUGUCAACUAUUUGCCACGUAUCACUCCUGCAUACAACAGAUAAUAUUAAACUGUCCAAUUACUCCAGAGGAAGAGUCUUUCUACGAUACAAGCUUUGUACAAUUCUUUAAUAAGGAGUACGAGUGUCACAUAUCUACUACCACAGGAAAAUUACAUCAACAACAUUCUUCUAAUGGAGGUUCAGUAAAGAAAUGGAACUCUUUGUUGAUGUGUGGACUUUGGCUUCUUGUGGGAUACUUUACAAGUGUUCAAUGACAACAUCCAUGUACUAUUAGGAAGACAGUGCUGUAACAUGUGAGAUACAUGUACUGUACUUAUCAACUUAUAACUCCCAUGGAAUCCAGUUGUUAAUUCCUGAAAUCUGGUCUAUCAUUCCUCUUAACAUUCCAGAAAGUUUCUGGAAGAGGCAGGGCAGGGUCUCAAAGUAAAAUCAUCCUAACCUGCUGUACACUGAAAAAUCGUUGCUAAAAGAAAUGCAUGAAUAAUGAAGUAUUUAUAUACCUGGUAAGUUAUACAUCAACCGGUGUGAAUGUGUUUGCUGAAAAAUGAUUGUUGAUCAAGUCAAGGAAACACUUGUAUAGGGCAUAUAGUUAUAAAUGUACAGUGAAAUCUGUAGUACCAGCAGUGAAAGACAAUAUGUUGUAAGCCAAUGAUCUCAUGAAAGAAUAAGAAGUACAAUUCUGAAAGGAUGAUAGGAUGAAGGCUUUUCCUGUGAUGUAAGUAAAACACACAAGACAUUCUUGCCUGCUGAGAUCUCAAUGACACUGUAUGUGUGACUUAUGUAUUCCUUUGUCGUAUUUCACUGAGGGAGGAAAAUGCUUUACAAAAUGUGAAGGUUACCGUAGAACAACAUUUCACAAACAACGAUGCAAUUUCUGUGUUUUAUGUAAAUAAAUUAUUGUGAUACUUGUCUACUUCCAGUGAUCAAUGGGAGAUGUAUAAUUGUUGAAACUGUAUGGAUGAAACCCCUACUGCCGCCCUUAUGACCUGUUAAAUAAAAUUUGCCUAGGAAA